AUGCCCCUCCAGAACCGCCCAGACAGGCUCGGCGACCGAUGCUGGCCCAUCUUUGACCCGCUCGAGAACGCCUUCGGCCAGAACCCUUGCGAGGUCGCCCGCCUGAUGACCGACGUCUGCUCGUCCCGGUCCUACUACCCGCUUCCCCCGCUCGACCUCGAGGAGGGCCAGACGCAGUACCCGACGCCGAAUCCGGGCCAGGCCAACGAGUGCACGUGCUCGAUGGGCGUGUACAACCUGGUCCAGGCGUGUGCGGCUUGCCAACAGCUUGGGACGUACAAUGCGACUCUCUGGAGCGACUGGGUCGCCAACUGCACGUACAGCAACAUCAACGGCGGCCAGAUCUUCCCGUAUGCUACUCCGCCAGGAACCGCGAUUCCGGACUGGGCGUACGCGAACUCGGCGAGCGGCAGUCUCUCCGUGGGCGAGAUCUUCCGCCAUGCGUACGGCGGGCGCGUCAACGGCACGGACCGACAGUCGGCCGCGACCUCGUCGUCUUCCUUGACCUCUGCCACCAUCCCCUUGACCGUCCCGCCUUCCUUCACGAAUGCCGCCGCUUCGUCGUCGCCUACAACGACAGACAGCAACGAGGACGACUCGGGAGGGAUCGCCACCGGAACGAUUGUGGGCAUCGUCGUUCCGAUCAUCGCCGUCCUCGUCAUUCUCGCCUCGAUCGCCGCAUACUUCCGCAAGAAGCAACGCGGCAUCGUCAAGCGAGGCCAGCGGCUCGAGUCGACUACCCAUCUUCCACCGUCCGCCGUCUACGAGUCGGCAGACGCGGCGUCCUCCACGCUCGCGCACAGCGACCACGUCAUGAAGCAGAAGGCGACGGGAACGUCCGUCUUCGUCGCACGGUCGGCCAGCGGCGUCACUCGGGCGAGCUCGCGACGAAGCUUCGCUACCAACUCGGUUUCGACGGGACUGCCGGUCAACCCGUUCGGCCGCCAGGCGUCCCUGUACACGACGUCGACUGGUUUCGACACGAUGACGCGCUCGAGCGAGUUUGACGAGUCCGGGCAGUCGUACAUCGACGAGGACGACGAGGACGACUCGAUCUCGCCCUUCUCCGACAUCCACCGCCCCGCACCGUCGCAUCUCGCCACCCGCGACAACAUCCACGCAUCUCCCUCUCUCCACCACUCGCUGUCGACGUUUACGCUCAGCUCGAGCGUCCACUCGCCUUCGCUCAUGUCGCGCGACGACGGCGACGCCCGCUCGGUCCGCACGGCCAGCACGCGCGCACCGCCCAGCAGCAGCGGAGCGACGUACGGAGGUUUCGAUGAUGACGACGACGAGGACACGGCUUCGUUGCGCAGCGCUCGACGAUGA